AUGGCUGAAAUCGCUACUGCUGCUGGUUCCAAAGCUGCAGAAAAAGUUACAGAGACUGUGUAUGAUUUCAUUUGUCGGAAGAUUUCCUAUGUGUUCAAGUACCAGAAGUAUAUGGAGAAGGCAAAGGAACAAGUUAAAGAGGUCAGAAGUCGAAAACGAGAUGUGGAAGCAGAUGUUGACGUUGCUGAAAGACAAGGGGAAGAGAUUUACAAUGAAGUUAAAGACUGGCUGAGGGGCAUGGAAGGUUUCAUGGAACGUGAAGUAAAGCUCGUUGAUGAUGAAGAUAAAGCAAAGAGGCGCUGUUUCAGAGGGCUGUGUCCUAAUUUGAUGAAACGAUACAGGCUCAGCAAGGAUGCAGAGCAGGUGGCAGAGGAUGGAGCCAAGCUCUUGAAAAAAGGAAAAUUCAGUGGAGUUUCCCACCCCGUUAUUCUACAGAGGACGGAAUCCAUAUUUGUCGGUGAGGAGUACGAGCAUUUUCACUCCAGAGAGUCCAAUUUCAACGAUAUCAUGGAGGCAUUGAAGGAUUCUACUAUUAACAUGAUUGGAGUGUACGGGAUGGGUGGUGUGGGCAAAACCACACUGGUCAGAAAAGUCGCUUGGAAAGCAAAGGAAGAUAAUUUAUUUGAUGAGGUGGUCUUUGCUGAGGUAACACAAAUUCCGGAUCUUAAACAAAUUCAAGCCGACAUUGCUGGUCAAUUGGGCAUGGUAUUUAGAGACCAGGAGAGUCUAUCUGGAAGAGCUGAUCAAUUACGUUAUAGGUUGAAGAAAGCCAAGAGAAUCCUUGUAAUUGUAGAUAAUAUCUGGAAGAAGCUUGACUUGAAGGUUGUUGGGAUUCCUUUUAGCUAUGAUGAUAAAGGUAGCAUCCAGCAAGACAAGAAAGAAAGCGACGAUGAGCAAGUGCGAUGCACAAUAUUGUUAACAGCUAGAACACAAGUUGUAUUAAAACAAAUGAAUACUCAGAGGAAUGUAUCUGUUAAGCCUUUGGGUGAUGGUGAUGCAAGAAAUUUGUUUGGGACCAUUGUUGGUGAUUUAAAAGAUAAAUGUGAUAUAGCAGCUGAAAUAAUUGAAAAAUGUGCAGGUUUACCGCUUGCAAUUACAACAAUUGCAAAUGCUUUGAAAGGUAAGAGUGAUUCUGUCUGGAGGGAUGCGUUACGUCAGUUAGAAAAUUCUAAUCCAAGGUGUGUUCCAGAAAUGGAUAACACUUUAUACUCAACUAUUGAAUUGAGUUACGCAUUGUUGAAUAGUGAAGAAGCCAAAUCACUGCUUCUACUUUGUGCUCUUUCUGAUGCGGGUAGUGAUAUAUAUUUCAUUUACCUUCUGGCAUAUGGUAUGGGGUUGGGCUUGUUUCAAGAUGUUUAUACGAUUAACGAUAGAAAGAAUAGAAUCAAGUCGCUGAUUGAUUAUCUCGAAGCUUCGUGUUUGUUGUUGAAAGGUAACCAUAAUGAGACAGUCAAAAUGCAUGACAUCACUCAUGUUGUUGUUGCAUCAAUUGCCAAAGAGAAACGUAUGUUUAAUAUUCAAGAUGCCGAUGGCUUUAAAGAAGUGUUGGUGAAGGGAAUGUACAAAGAUUCUAUUGCAAUUUAUUUGCGUCAUGGAGACAUUGAUGGGCUUCCUGAAAGGGUAAACCAUUUUUUUCAAGGGAUGAUGGAACUCAAGGUUCUACGUUUGCUUGAAGUUCAUUUAUUACCGCUACCCUCAUCCUUUCUUUGUCUAACAAACCUUCAAACAUUGACUCUGGAGGAUUGCACUUUAGGAGAUAUAGCAAUGAUAGGAGAGCUAAGAAAUUUAGAGAUUCUUGUUUUUGAUGAAUGUGAAUUCGAACAAUUGCCUGAAAGUUUUAGACAAUUGACGCAACUAAAGUUCUUACAACUGACCGAUUGUCCAAAGCUUAAAGUAAUCACACCAAAUGUCAUAGCCAGCUUGUCUCGAUUAGAAGAGCUAUGUAUAGAUAAUAGCUUUGAUCGAUGGGAAGUUGAAGGACGGAAUAACGCUAGUCUUGCUGAGUUGAAGAGAUUGUCUCAAUUGAACACUUUAUGGAUACAUAUACCGAAUCUGCAGAUUAUACAACAGAACUUUGUACCUGGGAAUUUAGAAACGUAUAAUGUACAUAUUGGAGAUACAUGUGAGUGGUCUUGUGAAUAUGAAAGCCCGAGAACUUUGAGACUCAAGUUCAAUAGAAGUCUUCAUUUGAGAUAUGGGGUUGAAAUUUUGGUGAAGAAAGCUAAAGAUCUCUAUCUAGACCAGGUAGAUGGCGUUAAGGAUAUACUUUGGGAACUUGACGGAGACGGUUUCCCACAAUUAAAGCGUCUCUCUGUGAAAAACAGUUCUGAAGUUUUGUAUAUUGUCAACUCAAUGGGGUGCAAUCCUUCGAAUGAUGCCUUUCCAAUCUUAGAAUCAUUGCUUCUUAUUAAUCUAAGUAUUAUGGAGAAAAUAUGUUGUGGCCUAGUCGAUGCAAAGUCUUUCAGCAAAUUAAGAAUCUUAAAAGUAGAAAAGUGUGACAGGGUAAGGUAUCUCUUCUCUUCCUCCAUGGCUUCAAACAUCUCGCAGAUACAAGAAAUCGAAGUAACUGAUUGCAAGGAGCUAAAAGAGAUUUUUGGUCAAGAAAGUGCAAAACGUGUUGAUGAAAACGAAAGGAAUUGUAAGAUUGAGUUCAAACAAUUGCACUCUCUAGUACUACAAUGCCUACCACAAUUCACAAGUUUCGGGUUGAAGGUUGUGUUGCCAAGAUUGGAGAACCUGAAACUAUCAUCGAUUAAUAUUGAGAACAUAUGGGUUGAUCAACCUGAACCAAUGUCUUCCUAUAUUCAAUGCUUAAAAAGCUUAAUUGUGGAAGAGUGUAAUGGUUUGAAGUUUAUGUUUUCAUCCUCUAUGGUCAAAAGUCUCGUGCAACUCCAAAAGCUUGUGAUAUGCAACUGUAAGUCCAUGGAAGCAGUAAUAUUUGACUCAGAAGGUUUAGAAGGAGAAGAUAAGAUAAUUGAUUUCAUAAGUUUUCCAAAACUAUUCUACCUAAAGCUUGAGGGUCUUCCAAAACUCACAAGAUUUGGCACCGGAAAUUCAAUUGAGUUCCCCACCUUGAAUGAACUUCACAUUGGGAGUUGCUCUAAUUUGAAGACAUUCUUCCACAAAUCUUUUGGUCCAGACAUGCUAAGAAAGGAACCUGAAGAAGUGAGCUUGGAAAAACAUAUUACUGAUAUAAAUCCCCUCUUCAAUGAAACGGUUGCUUUUCCAAGCUUGGAGAAGAUGAUGCUCUUUCACUUGGAUAACUUGCAGUUGAUAUGGCACAGCCAACUCUAUGGAGAUUCUUUUUCCAAACUAAAAAAAGUGAGAGUCGAAUUCUGCGAAAAAUUAAGGACUACUGUUCCUUCUAAUUCUACUCAAGGACUUCUUACCUUUCACAAUCUAGAAACAUUAAUUAUUGAGAACUGUUGGAAUAUGAAAAGUUUGUUUCCAGUUUCCAUAGCUACUGGUCUUUUGCAACUUAAAGAGCUUUGGAUUUCCUCUUGUGGGCUGGAGGAAAUUGUUGCCAAGGAGGAAGUAGAUGGGACCCCUACAUUUUUGUUUCCUCAAUUAACCUUCCUCAAACUUCAAAAUUUAGCAGAACUGAGACAUUUCUACUUGGGUUUGCAUACAAUAGAGUGGCCAAUGCUAAAAUGUUUGGUGGUGUAUGAUUGUGGAAAGACAAAAUUAUAUGCUUUAGAUGGAGAGAGCCAACCUGCCAUGUUUUCAUUUGAAAAGGUGACACCCAAUUUGGAAACCUUGGGUUUAAAUGGUGAUUACAUUACAUCCAGGUGCCUUGAUCGUAUUCCAGCUAGAAGCUUUUCGAAACUUAAAUUUCUUAAUUUGGCUUGCCUUGAUAAGAAGUCCGUAGCAUUUUGGUUUGGUGUUCUUCAAAAAUUGUACCAUCUGGAUUCACUCUGUCUAUAUGAUUGUACUUUAGAAGAACUAUUCCCAUGUGAAGGAUAUUUAUGGAAAAAAGAUUCCCAAGUGGACACAUUUCUUCAAAAUCUUCAAACUCUGAAAAUAUGGAGAUGUCAUCGUUUGACAUAUUUAAUGUCAUCCUCCACAAUUUCCUUCAAAAACAUUCAGAAUUUGGAAGUCCAUUAUUGUAAUGGAUUGGCAAAUAUAUUAGCAUGCUCAGCAGCGAGAGCUCUUGUCCAUCUCACAACAAUCAGAAUAACAGAAUGCAAGUUAGUGACAGAGGUAAUAGUCACUGAAGUAGAGACAACAGAAGAAGAGAUUGUUUUCAGCCAAUUGAAAAUUCUGGAGCUUCAUUGUUUAACAAGCCUCGCAAGCUUCAGCUCGGCCAAUUGUGCUUUUGAAUUCCCAUGCUUAGAACAAGUGAUUGUUAGUCAAUGCCCCAAUUUGAAGAUCUUUUCCCGAGGAGGCUUAAGCACACCAAAAUUAAAGAGAGUACGACUAACAAAGGAGAUUGACGAAGAAUAUUUGUGGAAUGACGACCUUAAUUCCACUAUCUAUCAGAUGUUUACAAAUAUGGUUGGUUUUUCCAAUUUAGAACAUCUAAAGCUCUCUGAAUUCCCUACAUUAAAAGAAAGAUUUUGGAAUGCCGAAGUUCCUGCCAGCUUAUUCUACAGUUUAAAGUUGUUGGUUUUGGACAUGUGCUUGGACACGUCAACUGCUAUUCCAUUCCAUGUGUUGUGCAACUUAAAAAAUCUUGAAAGAUUGGAAAUAAGAAGUUGUGAUUCACUGAAAGAAGUGUUUGAUAUGGAAGGACAACCAAAUGUUGAUGGACAUGCAUUGAAGAAAAGUCAUCAAGAAGUUUUGGACUUGAACAACCUAAAAUCCUUUGAAGUUCACAAUUGUUGUAGCUUGAGACAUAUAUUUACUCCAUCUAUCAUUUUGGGUCUUGCUCAACUGAAAGAGAUAAGAGUAAUAAACUGUGCUUUGAUAGAAGAAAUCAUUUCGAAAGAAGAAGAAAAGGAAGCAUACAUUGAGAAAAUUAUGAUAACCCAGUUGAACUUCAUUAUUCUUGAUUCAUUGCCUAACUUGAGGAGCUUCUAUUCAGGAAUGAACACUUUGGAAUGUCCUGCCUUGAAAGCUAUUAUAGUAGCCAAGUGUCCACAGAUUGAGACAUUUGUUUUUGCUGAUAUAAAGCACCAAUCUGACCAUAUUGUGCCCCUUUUUAGUGAAAAGGUUGCUUUUCCAAGCUUGGAGAAGAUGAUGCUCUUACACUUGGAUAACUUGCAAUUGAUAUGGCACAACCAACUCCAUAAAUAUUCCUUUUCCAAUCUAAAAGAAGUGAGAGUCGAAAAUUGUGAAAAGUUGUUGACUAUUGUUCGUUCUAAUUCUACUCAACGACUUCUUACCUUUCACAAUCUAGAAACAUUAAUCGUUGAGAGCUGUUGGAAUAUGAAAAGUUUGUUUCCAGUUUCCAUAGCUACUGGUCUUUUGCAACUUAAAGAGCUUUGGAUUUCCUCUUGUGGGCUGGAGGAAAUUGUUGCCAAGGAGGAAGUAGAUGGGACCCCUACAUUUUUGUUUCCUCAAUUAACCUUCCUCAAACUUCAAAAUUUAGCAGAACUGAGACAUUUCUACUUGGGUUUGCAUACAAUAGAGUGGCCAAUGCUAAAAUGUUUGGUGGUGUAUGAUUGUGGAAAGACAAAAUUAUAUGCUUUAGAUGGAGAGAGCCAACCUGCCAUGUUUUCAUUUGAAAAGGUGAUACCCAAUUUGGAAAACUUGUGUUUAAAUGGUGAUAACAUUACAUCCAGGUGCCUUGAUCGCAUUCCAGCUAGAAGCUUUUCGAAUCUUAAAUUUCUUACAUUGGCUUACCUUGAUAAGAAGUCCGCAGCAUUUUGGUUUGGUAUUGGUUUUUCCAAUUUAGAACAUCUAAAGCUCUCUGAAUUCCCUACAUUAAAAGAAAGAUUUUGGGAUGCCGAAGUUCCUACCAGCUUAUUCUACAGUUUAAAGUUGUUGGUUUUGGACAUGUGCUUGGACACAUCAACUGCUAUUCCAUUCCAUGUGUUGUGCAACUUAAAAAAUCUUGAAAAAUUGGAAAUAAGAAGUUGUGAUUCACUGAAAGAAGUGUUUGAUAUGGAAGGACAAUUAAAUGUUGAUGGACAUACAUUGAAGAAAAGUCAUCAAGAAGUUUUGGCCUUCAACAACCUGAAAUCCUUUAAAGUUCACAAUUCUUGUAGCUUGAGAUGUAUAUUUACUCCAUCUAUCAUUUUGGGUCUUGCUCAACUAGAAGAGAUAGAAGUAAAAAAUUGUGCUUUGAUAGAAGAAAUUAUCUCGAAAGAAGAAGAAAAGGAAGCAGACAUUGAGAAAAUUAUGGUACCCCGAUUGAACUCUAUUAUUCUUGAGUCAUUGCCAAACUUGACAAGCUUCUAUUCAGGAAUGAAUACUUUGGAAUGUCUUGCCUUGAAAGAUAUUACAGUAGCCAAGUGUCCACAGAUUGAGACAUUUGUUUUUGCUGAUAUAAAACACCAAUCUGACCAUAUUGUGCCCCUUCUUAGUGAAAAGGUUGUUUUUCCAAGCUUAGAGGAGAUGUUUCUCUCACACCUGGAUAAGUUACACUUGAUAUGGCACAACCAACUCCAUGCAGAUUCCUUUGGCAAACUGAAACAAGUGACAAUCAAAUUUUGUGAAAAAUUAAUGGCUAUUGUUCCAUCUAAUAAUAGUCAAGGACUUCUUACCUUUCACAAUCUAGAAUCGUUACAUGUUAAGAAGUGUUGGAGUAUGAAAAGUCUGUUUCCAGUUUCCACAGCUACUGGUCUAGUGAAACUUAAAGAGUUGAGGAUAUACUCUUGUGAGUUGGAGGAAAUUGUUGCCAAUGAAGAAGUAGAGGGGGGCCCUUCCCUUGAUUUGUCUGGAAAGGUCAUGCCCAAUUUGGAAUCAUUGUCUUUAAAUGUCGAUGCCUUUAGACUGCAAACUAAAAGACCAUUGGAGGGAUUCUGCAAACUAAAAGAGCUUUGUUUGCGUGAAUUAAAUGAUGAGUCAAUUCCAUUUUUCUAUGGCUUCCUCAAAAGGUUAUACAAUUUGGAAAUCCUUACUCUACGUAAUAUUAGGUCCAAAGAGCUAUUCUUAUAUGAAAGAGACGCAACGAAAGAAGAUUCUCAAGUGGAUCCAUUUCUUCCACAUCUUAGAGACCUGGGAAUAUGGGAAUGUCAUGAUUUGACACAUUUAUGGACAUCCUCAGUAUCUUUCACAAAUCUUACAACUCUUGAUGUAUUUGAUUCCAAUGAAUUGAUAAACAUAUUUACAUGCUCAACUGUCAAAUCUCUUGUCCAACUCACAGAAAUGUCAAUAGGAGGAUGCGGGUUAUUGAAAGAACCUCACAUGCUUCUGCUCAGCAACUUGUGGCUUCAAAUUCCCAUGCUUGGAACAAGUAACUGUGAGUGA